GCCGCGCGGGACCAUGUGAACCGCCUGCUCCGGGACGCGCAUUGUCUGCCCCGGAGCCGCGCCACAAAGGAGCCGGGCCGGACGCUAAGAUGGCUGCGGGGUCCCGGCGGGCGUGAGCGGGCGCGGCGCCGGAGCCAUGUCGUUCGCGCUCGAGGAGACGCUCGAGUCGGACUGGGUCGCCGUGCGGCCUCACGUGUUCGACGGGCGCGAGAAGCACAAGUUCGUCUUCAUCGUGGCCUGGAACGAGGUGGAGGGCAAGUUCGCCAUCACCUGCCACAACCGCACGGCGCAGCGGCAGAGGAGCGGCUCCCGGGAGCAGGCCGCCGCGCGGGCCGGCGGGGCCGAGGCCGACGGGGCCCGCGGCCAGGGCGGCGGCGGCCAGGGCCGGCCCGCGGCGCCCGCCGCCGCCGCCGCCGCGGCGCCGCUCCGCAGCCCCGGGCCCCGGCGCGGCGCGGCCUGUCCGGAGGCCGGCCCUCGCGGGGCCCCGGCGUCCACGGUGCGCGUGGUGGGCGCCUCCGGGGCGGCCUCGGAGGAGAUCGAGGUGCUGGAGCUGGUGCGUGACGACGAGGCGGACGCGGCGCCGCCGCCCGCCGCCGAGCCGGAGCCCGCGGCCGAGGAGUGCAGCUGGGCCGGGCUCUUCUCCUUCCAGGACCUGCGCGCCGUGCACCAGCAGCUGUGCUCGGUGAACUCGCAGCUGGAGCCGUGCCUGCCGGUGUUCCCCGAGGAGCCGUCGGGCAUGUGGACCGUGCUGUUCGGGGGCGCGCCCGAGAUGACCGAGCAGGAGGUGGACGCGCUGUGCUACCAGCUGCAGGUGUACCUGGGCCACGGGCUGGACACCUGCGGCUGGAAGAUCCUCUCGCAGGUGCUGUUCACGGAGAGCGACGACCCCGAGGAGUACUACGAGAGCCUGAGCGAGCUGCGGCAGAAGGGCUACGAGGAGGUGCUGCAGCGGGCGCGGAAGCGCAUCCAGGAGCUCUUGGAUAAGCACAAGAACACAGAGAGCAUGGUGGAGCUUCUGGACCUGUACCAGAGGGAAGACGAGGCCUACAGCAGCCUUGCGGAAGCCACGACCGAACUCUAUCAGUAUUUACUGCAGCCGUUCCGAGACAUGAGAGAGCUGGCCAUGCUGAGAAGACAGCAGAUCAAGAUCUCCAUGGAGAAUGAUUAUCUGGGACCCCGAAGAAUCGAAAGUCUCCAGAAAGAAGACGCAGACUGGCAGCGGAAGGCGCACAUGGCUGUGCUGUCCAUCCAGGACCUCACUGUCAAGUAUUUUGAAAUAACUGCUAAAGCACAAAAAGCGGUGUAUGACCGGAUGCGAGCCGACCAGAAGAAGUUUGGCAAAGCCUCGUGGGCGGCCGCAGCCGAGCGCAUGGAGAAGCUGCAGUACGCUGUCUCGAAGGAGACGCUGCAAAUGAUGCGAGCGAAGGAGAUCUGCUUGGAGCAGAGGAAGCGCGCGCUGAAGGAGGAGAUGCAGAGUUUGCAGGGUGGCCCGGAAGCCAUUGCCCGCCUGGACCAGUUGGAAGCGGAUUAUUACGACCUGCAGCUUCAGUUGUAUGAAGUGCAGUUUGAAAUCCUCAAGUGUGAGGAGCUCCUGCUAACGGCUCAGCUGGAGAGCAUCAAGCGGCUCAUCUCCGAAAAGAGAGACGAAGUGGUGUACUACGACACGUACGAGAGCAUGGAGGCCAUGCUGGAGGAGGAGGAGCUGAGGGGGCAGAGGGAGGAGCUGCAGAAGCUGCAGCAGAAGGCGCGCCAGCUGGAAGCCCGCCGCGGCCGCGUCUGCGCCAAGAAAGCCUACCUCAGAAACAAAAAGGAAAUUUGUAUUGCAAAACACAAUGAAAAACUCCAGCAGCGCUUUCGGGGUGAGGAAGAGUGUGCAGCCCAUCACGCCGUGCAGCUGAAAAGGGAGAAAUUACAUGAUGAAGAAGAAAGAAAAAGUGCCUGGGUCAGCCAGGAGAGGCAGAGGACGCUGGACAGGCUGCGCAGCUUCAAGCAGAAGUACCCUGGGCAAGUCACGCUGAAGUCCACCAGGCUGCGGCUGGCUCACGCCCGCAGGAGGGGCACGCCCAGCGCGGGGCUCCGCGAGGACACGGGCACCCCGGGCCCGGUGGGGACUGCAGAGGAGCAGGCUGGGGCGCAUGCGCAGCCCCGCAGCCUCCCGGACACGCCCCCAGCACCACUUGAAGCCACCUCAUUACCUCUCAGCACAGAGACCUCGACCUCGGAACCGCCUCCCGCCCUCUCCCUCCCACUGCUGGACGGAGGCCCCCAGCCACCUCCCAGCGCCCUAGAUCCGCUCCCACCCCCUCUCCACACCUACGAGGAAGCCAGAGACAGCACCCCGGGGCCUCCGGAGGAAGGGCCGCCCGCGAGGGAGCAGCCCGGCGAGCGGGGCCCGGGGCCCACCAGCGCGCCCUCCGCGCGCCUCCUGGACAGCAGCCAGCUGCUGAGCGCCCGCAGGAAGCUCCGCAAGACGGCCGAGGGCUCGCCCCGGCGCAGAGUGAGCUCGCCCAUGGACGAGGUGCUGGCCUCCCUGAAGCGCGGCAGCUUCCACCUGCGGAAGGUGGAGCAGCGGCCCCCGGCGCCAUUCCCCGACGAGGACGACGGCAACAACAUCCUGGCGCAGAUCCGGAAAGGGGUGAAGCUGAAGAAGGUGCAGGGGGGCGUGCUGCGGGAGCCCUUCACGCUGCUGCCCGACGCCGACCCCCUGACGCGCAGCAUCCACGAGGCCCUGAGGAGGAUCAAAGAGGCGUCCCCCGAGUCGGAGGACGAGGAGGAGGCCCUGCCCGGCGCCGACUGGGAGAACUGACAGGUGACUUUCCCAGAAAAGGAAGACACCCGCAGGCGAAGGUGUGUUCUGAAUCUUCGGGAAAACGAGUUUGUGCUCCCGGCUCGGCCUCCCUUAGCUCCAGAGAGCGCUGUCCUGGGCUGAGACAGGACCCACGCCGGCGCGUCUCGCACAGCAGAGGAAGGCCUGGACGUUCCGCGCCUUCCCCCCCGCCCCCCACCCGGCGCCGGGAGCGCACUGGGUGGUCAGCAGGAUUGGGACCACUGGGGGUCCCGGCCACACUUGGCUGCUGCCCCCUCGGCUCAGAGCCACUCAGCACGGGCCGCAGCAGCCCUCCCCGGAGAGCGGACGGGGACGCCCGUGAAGCUGCAGCGGACCCCCACGCGUGGGUGCUCCUCGAGGGCCACAGUCUCCACUUUGUAAGCUUUUGAAGUCUAGAAACUUCCUUUUCAUAGCUCUUUAUAGCACUUGGAUCUGACGUGCAUCUUGUCGGAGAAGCAAUACCGUCGCGCUCUGAAGCGUCUGUCCUCUGUCUCUGAACUGUCGCUUGGUGACGUCACGCCUGACUCGCUGCGGUCGGGUUCAGUGGGGCCGCGCCUCGCGUUGGAGCAGGCACCAGUCCGCGCUUGGGUGUCCUGCUCCGUGCACACAGGCAGACCAGCCUCGGGCCAGCAUUUCACUGUGCCAGAGGCUGUGGACGGAUUGCAGAAGGAGCCGCCGUCACUGUCGCCCAGGCUCGAAGCUGUCCAGGCCCGGGGGCGGGCGUGGCCGUGCGCGGGACCGCGGGGCUGGCCUGAGCUGUUUUCUCACUCUGAUUUCACCUGGAGGAAACUACCCAAGUAUACAGUGCAGAAUCCCCGGGCUUCCUGGUCUGGUCUGCUCGGUGGGCGAGAGCAGAGCCCAGCCCGCCCUCCUGCAGCGGCCCCGCCCCCUCCCCAGUCAGUUCUGCCCCCACAGGACCGCGGUCACUGCAGGUCCCAAAGCACAGGGGCUGCCAGCCGCGGGGCAGUGCCCAGGGCAGAGCUGCCUGUAGGACGGGCACGCUGCCCUGCGCCAGUGGUUCCUGUCCACGCCGCUGCCUGCUCACGCGCAGACUUGCCAGUCCGCUCGCAGUGGACAGUGUGCAAGGAAGCAGGUAGAUGACUUGGAGCGGUUUCGAGGUCGGCCCGCUCAGCGUCCCAGACACUGCUCUGUGCCGGCGGAGAGCCCGCCUGGCGUCCUGGCACAGUGCGGGCUCUGCCCCCGCCGUCACUUCACAGGCUCGCAGGGCGGGGGCGGCACAGACCAAUCACCCCGGGGGUCCUGCUGGAGGACGAGCAGCCUGCGCUGGGGGACCCCGGGCGCGGCUCUGCCUCCCCCCGCAGGGGCUUCCCGCACGGCCACUUCCUGCCUGCAGAGCGGACCAGGGCAGCAGUGUCUGUCAGCAAGAGGCGUGGCCCUUUGCCGCACUGUGCGGUCAGCUGUACAGCGCCCUCGGGCCGUAGCCACGUGCACUGCGCGCGCCCGGCUGUUCCUCCACCACACGCCGCGGUCCGGGGUCCGCUGUCAGGCGCCUGGGGUUGGGGCACUGCGCCAGGUGGCCGGAGAGCAUUUCCAGGUGUCCCGGGCACCCAGCAGGCGCCUGGAGUUCUACCCAGCUCUCGCACCGAAUGUCUAAACAUCGUUUCCCACGCGCGGCCGGGCAGAGGAAGCCGGGCCGGUGACACGGGGCGCCGGCGCGGCCCCUCCUGCUGCGCUCACCCGGCGCGGUGGCGUUUUAACCUAUGGAUAUCAUGCACCCUACACGAUCAGGUAACCAAAUUAUUUCAAGGCAGGAGCGAGUCGGGAUUCGGGGAGAGAGAGAACACGAGGCUUUUGCCCCCUGCGGCACAGGUGUUUUCUCUAGAAUGUUCUGUGCUGCCCGCGGUAACUGUACGACCUGGGGUCUGUAGAACUGACAGUUCCACACCUCCCCACGCUUGCCCCGGCAGGUGCACGGACAGGAAAUAGCUGAGGCUCCGCCCAGUAUUGUGCGAAUGUCCUCGCGCCCUCCCAAAGCAGAGGGACCGGCGUGCGGGACCCGCGCCCUCCUCCCGCGUGGUGGUCCUGGCGGACUCCACGGAGAGGGAGCCCCUCCCCCUCCCACGGUCGGUCUUCCCUGUGACCCGGGAGGGGGUGAGGGGGGACAUGCCGCCGUCCGCUGGGACUUGCGGUCCCCCCGCGUCUCCAGCUUCGCCCUGGUAAAACCGUGACAAGCAGCAGGCGCGAGAGGGAGGCUGCGGGGCGUCUUCCGUGGAAACGGACGGCACUCGAGCCGUGCGGGUGAGUGGGGGCUGCGGGGCCGCCGGCCGCGCGCAUCUCCAGUAGCGCUCGGCUCUCACUGAAGUACUGAGAAGUGCAAAGGAAAACAGCGGGCACUGGAGCAAUGCGGCGCACCCCGGUGAGCGCGGACUGUUGCCUUCGGCCCCCAGCGCGGCGCCGCAGCACUGUGCGACUGUACCGCUCUGUAGUUGUGUGUUACACUCGACUUCCGCGUUAGUUCCUGUACACCGAGCGCACGGGCACGCCGCCUACCAACAUACAGUUUUGGUGCUUAACAAUCUUCCUUUUCUUCAAUAAAGAUAUUUAUUUGAAUUAA